AGGCGCUCGUCUUCCUGUCUUUCCUUCCGUGGUUCAUCCCACUACUCCCCUUCUCCAACCACCGCUCCUCGUCGCCCUCAUCGGCUACCACCCCCUGUCUCCUUCCCCGCCCCCCCCGCCCCGAUAACGACUGCGUCGUCCCCCUCCGCCUCCUCUUCCACCACCGCUGACACGGUCUGUCGCCAUGGCCGCCAUCUGGUCCCGCCACCCGCGCUACGCGCUCCUCCUCUUCGGCGUCCUCGCCACGACACUCUACCUCCUCGCGCCACCGCCCUUCCCCCCGCCGCCGCCCCCCUUCCCGCGCGUGCCGCACAUCGUGGACACGAGCCUGAGCGAGCGCAUCGCGCGCGCGGACGCGAUCUACGACAAAGUGCUCAAGGAUCGCGCGGGGCUCAUCAAGAAGUUUGGCCCGAACCCGUCGCAGGUGGCGAUGUUCCCGCCUGACAAGGCGCCGUGGCCAGCGUACACGGUGUGGGACUUCUUCCCGGCGGCGUACAACUGCCCGCACGAGGUGCAGCGCAUCGGCGCGCUUGGUGACGGCGGCAAGUGGGUGUGUGGCUUGAGCCGGGUGCAGCGCAAGCCAGACUGCGUGGUCUACUCCAUCGGAAUCAACUAUGAGUCCUCCUUCGAGGCCGACCUGCUCGAGAACACUGACUACUGCGAGGUCUGGGGCUACGACUUCUCCGUCGACGACUUUGGACCGCAGAUCCCGCGCUCGCAGCGUCACCGUGUACACUUCGCCCCGUAUGCGCUCGGCGGUGAGGAGAAGCACGGGCCGAACGACCAGCCGAAGUUGUACACGCUCGAUGCAUUGAUGCGCAUGAAUGGCCACAAGCACAUUGACAUCCUGAAGAUCGACAUCGAGGGCUGGGAAUUUGACACGUUGACCGCGCUGAUCGACGGCUACGUCUCCUCGGGCCGCCCGCUACCCUUCGGCCAGCUGCAGCUCGAGGUGCACGUGUGGGGCAAGAAGUUCGACGAGUUCCUGAGCUGGUGGGAGAAGCUGGAGGCCGCGGGCCUCCGCCCCUUCUGGACGGAGCCGAACCUUGUGUACCAGAACUACAACAAGCAGGGGAACUCAGAUCUGGCUGAGUACUCCUUCCUCAACGUUCGCGGCAGCAACAUCUUCACGCACGACCCGGCACCGGUGGGCCCCGUUGGCGGUCGCCCGGGGCGUAAGGGGGCGGAGUUCGCUGGCGACCGUGCUGGGCAGAGGGAAGGUGUGCGGAUUGAGCGCGAUUAGGCGUGACGCGCCUGUCACCUGAACGAGGCGCUCGUGCACGCUUGUCACGUCGGACGCAGCUUGACUCCUCUGUCCAUGGCCUUGCCUUGGGGUUAGGUCGUGACGCGUCCGAAAGAGCACCCCCACAUACCCGAAUGCCUUCAUACCCCAACCCCUACCAUCCCUCCCGCUCACGGCGCCCGAGCCGACGCCAAAGCCUGGCGGCGCGACGCGUAUCACGCGCACAAACCCCAUGUACACCACCACUACCACCUAUCACAUCGGACUCAGGCGUCGUUACGGACUGGACGGACUUCACUGAGCGCCGCUCGCCGCGCGUCUACCAGCGCCCACCUAUCGCUAGCUACCCUCACACGGCAUGCCAUACUCGGGAUACACCUGCCAGUGCGCGCAGCGCGCGCCCGACAUGCAACGUACAUACAUAUGUUACACUACGCACUCGUUGAUACAUACUUAGUCUUUUCCUCUCUUCGCAAUGCACACAGCAUGAAAA